AUGAGCUCUGUUUACUUGGUUCCAGCCAAGAUUGAACUUGUGGGAAACGCUGGUGUUCCGGAAGAGAUCAAAUUUGAAGAAGUGGCUCAACUUCGAGGUAAGGAGCUGCAUGGUGAGGACUUAAUUCAACAUCUAGAUGGCUAUCAUGGCCAAUUAGUCAAAGAUGGUAAAAUCGAAGAAUUAUCUAGUGUAGUUGAUUUUGAAAGGGAAGAAGAGAUAUUCAAGCAGGAACUUAACGCGUUUAAAGAAACAGCAGACAUACUUAGUGCACUACACAACUAA